AAAAGUGCAGACACACAGCUCGUUCAUACAGAACGCUACGACAAGACAGACCACAUGGCUUCAUUUACACUUUUCAACAGCAUAUCCGGUCGUACUGGUAAUUCUAUGGAGAUGCCAUCUUCGCUUUCCGCAGAAGAAGAGCGUCCAGAGAAAUCAUCUCAACCAUCCCCCCUUCCCGCUGGAAAGCUGGAUUCUCCAAAGUAUAAUGAGAUUCGACUUCGAUACCAGCUAUCGCUGCCCACUCUGAGAUCGCUCUCUACUAUUGAGAAAGCGCCCGAUAGACGAAAAGUUCUCCAGACUGCAUGUCUUGCAGCAGAGUUCCGGUCUUUCCCUAUACGGCCAGAGGAGAAGAAUUUUCUGAGGGAAAUCAACGAUCACACGGGAAUUCCUUACCCCAUUACCGGAAAUGCUACUGAGCCGUGGCACAAAGUGUUAUUGCUCGUUCAGAUCGAUCUUUUGCGCGGAGGAUGGCCGAACAAGAUAUCAUCCAAUGGUCGCAAAGAGCUGCUGCGAGAGAGCUGCCGAAUCUACGUCGUAUUAGAUCGCGUGUUGAGAUGUCUAGCAGACAUACUUGGCGAGAGAGAAGACGGCCGAGGAGUGACUGUCACUCUUGAUGUUUUGAGGAGUGUCAAGGCUAAAGUUUGGGAAGGCACUGAUAUGGAGUUGCUACAGGUAGACGGAAUCGGCGCGGCAAAGAUGAAAAGACUUGUCGAUGCAGGCGUCAAGACUAUCAAGCAACUCGCUGGAUUGGAGUUUUAUCACAUUGAACGAUUGCUCAGUAGGAACCCACCCUUUGGACAUCAAAUGAUCCAUCAACUAUCGGGAUUCCCAUUGCUGCAUUUACACCUUGAUGCAGUUAACAAGUGCACGCUCCCGCAAGACGGUAUCCAGGACAGCACCAGAUCGGAACCCCGCCAGCCUUGGGUGGUUAGAGUCGUGUUGGGAUUUGGUAAUGAAAUUGUGCCAACCUGGUGCAAACGGUGUCCAUGGACGACUUUGGUGAUUGAAGGAGAUGACGGGCGGCUCCUGUGGUUUUGGAGGGGAAGUGUAAAGAGGAUGGAGAACACCAAGAUCAUGUUUGUUCGUCUGGAUGUCAAAAAAGGGGAGAGUAUCAAGGCAACCUUUGCCUGUGAAGGGAUUGUAGGGACCCUCGUACGAUUUACAUUGACUAUCUAGGGUGUGCCAUGCCUGGAAAAAAAGCACCCCCAAUUCGAUUCUUACAAUUUUUUUCUCUUCUUUUUUUGCCCUUUUUCACACCUUUCCCCCCCAUACAUCGAACAAAGUACCGGCAUAUUGAUGAUUUCCCAGAAUUACCUAUACAACUAAGAAAAUAAACAAGAUGAUGCAACCCUGGAGAAAUUAGAAGGGACUUCCCGUCGCAUUGGCUUGUAGUCGUUGAAACCAAUGAGCACCGACCAACCUAUUUUUGGUUGUAGCGUGGAUGCAGGGCAAACAGCAUAGUCCUUGACAACUCACUGCAACUAACUCUCAGCCGCACGCAUCCUGGCUAGCUCCUCUGUAAGAAGGAGAAAUUAGACGCCGAUUUCUGCAGAAAGAGAGAGAGAAGCA